AUGGUGUCCCAGGAGCUGUGCAAAGACCACCCUGCAGCUCCCUCCAACCAUUCAAUCCAGCCACUUCAAACGCAACAGAAAGAACAGGAGCAGCGAUCGUCCCAAACACCGUGGUCCGACGAGCUCAACGAUAUCGUUGGGGAGCAUGUUGGUGUGGAAAGAAGCGUGCCCGGCAACAGUCAGACCAACUACGGCCGCGACGAAAACGUUUGGGAUCCAUCUGAACCACAGCACCCCAACCGACCAGAAACCGAAAGCCCCAAAGAGAUUCCACCUGCGCUCACACCUGGCGGCAACAGAGCGGCUACGAAUCCUUUUGUGAGGAGGAAACCAGUACCUCAGCAGCCUGAAGCUCCAGUGACCGAAGCCUUCUACAAGCUCAACGUCAACGACGCCGACCAAGAUACCAAUCCGUGGCAGCAGGCUGUCGACGGUCAGCAGGCUUCCAUGGGUCAUUCGACUUCGCAGCCACGACCAGUCACAACCGAGGGCAUCAAAGAUGAUCCGUGGGCUACCAGUGACGACCAUCCAACUACCUCGCAGCCAAAUGUCCCUACCAUGUCUCCAGCAUUGAUAUCACUGAAAUCAAAUGACGACGAUGAUCAAUCUGCAUGGAAAGAAGAGCUUCACGAUAACAAGGAAAAAACUGCCAUCGAGCCGCUACCAACUGCCAUGGCUGAUGAAAUAUUGGAUCAGAAUGUCUGGGAUGAUCUUGGUGCAUUCGACAAGGGAAAGGCCAAGCUGCAGCACGUCUCUGCAGCUGGUCACGGCGGGCAGAUCGACGAUUGGAGUCUCAUUGACGCCGAAUCAUCUUCAAACCUGUCGAGACAUGCAAAAGAGGAUGAGAGUGCAGAUGAGAGGCCGCCUUUACCGGCAAGAUCCACUGGCCUACAACAGAAAUGGGUUCCGUCGCGACCGCCUGUUGACGCCAGAGCCGAGACUUACCAAGUUAAGAAUAUCCAAUGGCACGAUACAAACACUGAGCAUAAUCCUCGAACGUCGCCCAUAUUGAUUCAGAACGAGAACGGUCCUUGCCCCCUAGUUGCGCUGGUCAACGCCCUGACUAUGACUACGCCAGCCGACAAUCCCGACCCCGCGCUUGUGCAGGUUCUCAGGUCACGGGAGCAGAUUAGCCUGAAUCUGCUCCUGGACGCGGUCUUUGACGAGCUCAUGUCACCGCGACGCACAAACUCGGAAGAUGCGCUGCCAGAUGUGUCCGACUUGUAUGCGUUUUUGCAAAGCCUGCACACAGGCAUGAAUGUGAACCCUCGAUUUAUCCCUACCCGAGAAAUGGUCGACGCCUACAAGCGGACUUCUCUCACACAUUUAGAUCCCAGUGAGCGAGGAAACUUGAUACCGGGGACGUUUGAGAACACUAUGGAGAUGAGUCUGUAUGCGGCAUUUUCUAUUCCCCUAAUACAUGGUUGGUUGCCUGCACAAACCGAGCCUGCCUAUGGCGCCAUGGAACGACAAGCAGGGUCAUAUGAAGACGUGCAGAAGCUGUUAUUUCGCGAAGAAGAGCUCGAGGCAAAGCUCUCGACGCCUGACGGGCUGACUGCAGACGAACAACAGCUAUACCAAGACAUUUUGACAAUUAAAAUGUUUUUAGCUGCAUCAGCUACGCAGCUCACGGCAUGGGGCAUCCAAGUCAUAGGGAAGGCGAUGCGGCCGGGGACAUUUGCGAUUCUCUUUCGGAACGAUCACUUCAGCACCUUGUAUUGUCACCCUCAAACGCUACAGCUGCUCAGUCUCGUCACCGACGCCGGCUACCGAACUCAUGAUGAAGUAGUCUGGGAAAGCCUGGUAGAUGUAAACGGGGAACGAACAGAGUAUCUGUCUGGUGACUAUCAUCGCAUCGGACUGACCAAUGAGGCCGGACCAAGCACCAAUCUCAACAGCACGUUCACCGACCAUGGCGGCCAAUGGACAACAGUGCUCAACAAGCGUGGCAAGGCAAGACAGCAGGACGAGGAGGCAGGGCCAUGCGUCUCACAGUACGAACAAGAAGACCGAGAUCUGGCGCUAGCUUUACAACUUCAAGAGGAAGAGGACCAAAGACAUCGCGAAGAGCAGGCUCGCCGCCUUCAGGAGAGGGUCUUGUCUGAGCAAUAUAUCGAACAACAGGGCCACCGACCCGCUCCGGUCAACCGAGAUCGAAGAAACAUUUCGACGGCCUCGGGGCAAAGUGGCACGACCCAAGAAAGGCGUAGUUCGAACACGCGCAGCAUCCCGGUUACAACAAGCACAUCGAACCCGCGACAAUCCAGCGUGUCUCUACCUGUACAGCAACAGGCACCAGUACAACAAGCCGUCAGGCCGCUUGUUCCGCCGCAGCGUCCUGGCGUGACACGUCGAGCAGAGUCCAAUGGAGACGACGCACCGCCUUCAUAUGAGCAGGCUGCGCAAGACGCGGCUUAUAUGCCGUCGGUGGGACACCCGAUACACUCGCAGAGUAGUAGCACGACCUCGCCGAGGCAGACAUCAGCAAGUGUCGAGCCGUCUGCCAGUCAGGUGCAGGGUGCUCCGGCUGCACUGCCCAAGCCGAACCUCCGGGAUGCCCGUUGUUCGUCGUCUUCCUUGGUACUGGUCAAAGGUUCCACAGCACGCCAGUCGGGUAUCGAGAUUGAUUCGCGCGUCCUCACCGCCGGUCGCAUCACCUCGCCGUUGCAUCUUCAAGAGUCUGCGUCUCGGAUCCCGAGCACGGAUUGCGCCGCCAUGGCCGUUGUAGAGAGCUGGUUCCCUCCCACACGGGAGAACUGGAAGACGACAGUGCUCACCUUUCAGAUCCUCUACCCUGUUCUCUCGCUCAUGCAACUCUUCAUCUCGUGGUACGGCAUGGGCAAGACAUCUGUGCAAAGCAGACUCAACCUGCCCGGCCGCGUGGCCUGGAUGCUCAUGGAGAUGCCCGGCUUCACCACGGUCCUGUACCUGAUGAGGACGCUGCCGCCGAUCUACGGCAUCGACGAUCUGCCAUGGCAGAACCGCGUGCUGGCUGGCCUCUUUGUCAUCCACUACAUCUACAGGGCGGUCAUCUUCCCGUUGAUCCAGCCGUCCAUGUCGCCGAUCCACGUGCUCGUCGCCCUCAUGGCCGCGGGCUUCCAGGUCCUCAACGGCAUUAGCAUCGGCGCCUGGCUUGCUGCCUACGGGCCCGUUACCGAGGACGCCUGGGUGCGCCAGUGCUCCGUCGCCCAGUUCUGCGCAGGUAUUGCCAUCUUCUACCUUGGCUUGGCGGCAAACUUCUUCCACGACGAGGAGCUUCGAGAGAUUCGGCGGAACGAGAGGCGUCGCCGCCACCAGAAACAGCAGCAGCAGCCCGCCAAGGGCGCAGCCGACAGGGCGCGUGUCAGCGUUGAGAAGCACUACCAGAUCCCCCAGGCCGGGCUUUUCAAGUACAUGCUUUACGCGCACUACUUUUGCGAGUGGGUCGAGUGGUUUGGGUUUCUGGUGGCCGCCGGAUGGGGUUGCGUGCCCGCGUGGACGUUCUUGGUGAAUGAGGUGUUUGCCAUGCUGCCGAGGGCCGUCAAGGGAAAGAGGUGGUAUCUGGAGAAAUUUGGCGCGGAGAAGGUUGGCAAGAGGUGGGCGGUUGUACCGGGCCUUGUUUAG